GGUUGACGGGAAGUGAACUCCCUAACCGCGGCUAAUCCGUCCUGGGUGGGGGGAAAGUGCACUUGGUACACAGGGGAAACCCCGGAGCUGGGGUUGGACCCUGCAGGCCCCGCCCCGGGACACGGACUCGGCCUCGGCCUCGGCCCUGACCCUGACCGUCCCCUGAGCUACCGGCAAUGGCGUCUCGUCGGGCCCCGCUCCUCCUCCUCCACCUGCCCGUGUUCCUGUGGUAUCUAUUCGCCCUUCACAAGGAGAUGCUGCUGACAGGCGCAGGCCGCCUCCUCGGCGCGGACACUUACGGAGGCCGUUGGAAGUACCUGACCUUCAUCAACAUGGUCCUGCAGACUACAUUUUUUGGAGUGUGCGUCCUCACAGACCUAGUAUGGCACCUGUCUUGGUCUGAUAAACGUAUGCAGCAAUUGUCAUUGAGGAUGAGUGCUCUCCAGGAUUGGCUGUUCUCAGCUCUUGCCUUCCCCAUUGGCUUUUUUGUCGUUGUGAGUUUCUGGAUUCUUUAUGCCUAUGACCGGGAACUUGUUUACCCAGAGAUACUCGACACGAUCAUCCCGACCUGGCUGAAUCAUGCCAUGCACACGGUGGUCUUGUUGCUGCUCAUGUUGGAGCUGAUUGUGGUUCAACAUCACUGGCCCAGCCACAAGGGAUGCCUGACUGUGCUUAUCACUUUCUGCAGUUCCUAUUUGGCCUGGGUAUUUUGGAUUCGCCACAGGUCAGCUAUCUGGGUCUACCCCAUUCUGGAGGUACUCAGUCCCUUUGGGCUGGGUAUGUUCCUGACAACAGCUAUCCUUGUAACUAUCUCUUUGUAUGUUGUUGGUGAGAAACUGCAUUACUGGAGAUGGGGGAAGUGUGGAAUCCAUGAGAAAAUCAAAGUGAGGUGGUGACUAUUUAGAUUUGAAUACCAUGAUGGCUGGUGAAAAGUUGCUGUGACUUCUUAAUUUUGAGCCCGUGAUCACUUAGUGUAAGGGUGACCAACAGUAGCAGUGUUCACAAUGAAAUACCCUUUCUUUCUCAGAUUUUUACUUCUGGUUAAUCUCCAAUAAGAUGGAAUUCUGUGAGAACUAUCUGUUGCAUUGAGUUACUAAGCCCCACCCCAGCACCACAAUCAGACAACUGAAGGUAGUCGAGCAGUUACACUUGCUUGCAGCUGGUGACAUAAUCAGUAACCGGUCCUUAAGUCUGUGUCGGGCUCUAGUCUCAGCUGGGCUCAGUGAGCCUUUGUCAGGCCUCAGUCUCUGCUGGCCUGGUGAUUCUAUGCCGAGCCUCAAUCUGCAAGCGCCUUGUGAUUUCCUACAGCAUGGAAACAGUCCUUUCGGUCCAACCCAUCCAUGCCAUCUGGAUAUCCCAACCUAAUCUAGUCCCACCUGCCAGCACCCGGCCCAUACCCCUCCAAACCUUUCCUAUUCACAUACUCAUCCAAAUGCCUCUUAAAUGCUGCAAUUGUACCAGCCUCCAUCACUUCGUCUGGCAGCUCAUUCCAUACAUGCACCACCCUCUGUGUGAAAAAGUUGCCUCUUAGGUCUCUCAUAUCUUUCCCCUCACACCCUAAACCUGUGCCCUCUAGUUCUGGACUCUUUCUCUUCCCCCACCCCAGGGAAAAGACUUCGUCUAUUUAUCCUAUCCAUGCCCCUCAUAAUUUUGCAAACCUCUAUAAGGUCACCCCUCAGCCUCCAACGCUCCAGGGAAAACAGCACUAGCCUGUUCAGCUAUCAGCUCAAAUCCUUCAACCUGGCAACAUCCUUGUAAAUCUUUUCUGCACCCUUUCAAGUUUCACAACAUCUUUCCGAUAGGUCUAAAUAAUGGCCUGUACUCAAUACUCUGACCAAUAAAGGAAAACAUACCAAACGCCUUCUUCACUAUCCUAGCUACCUGCGACUUUACCAUUAAUCAAAUUUCUAGAUCUAACAACUGGCAGGAGUCGUGCCUUAACACAAUAGGGUAAAGUGCACAUCUCAUCUCUGGAGAAUAUGUGCAUUCUGCUCACGUAAGGGCUAUUCCAGCUGAGUCACAGCCUGUUCUGUUUUGUGCUCUAAUUCAUUUAUACCUGAACUCACCAAAGACCUGGUUAUUGGGAAAAGGAAAAAACAGAAAUACUGUUUAACCCAAAACUCGCUCAUGGGGACAAGCUUAAAAGAGCUCAUUUGGCACCUUGAACCUGCUAUGCCAUUCAGUAUGAUCGUGGCUGGUUUGAUUGUGACCUUAACUUUCCUGUCCAGGGUCCAUGAUGCUUGACUACCUUUGUGAUCAAAAAUCUGUGUAGCUUAGCCUUGAUUAUUUUCAGUGACCCAGCCUCUGCUGCUGUCUGGAAGAGAAAUGUCCGAACAACCCUCAGAGAAGAAAGAUCUCUUAAAUGGAAACCUCUUAUUCUGAAGCUGCUUCCUGAGUUCUAGAAUCCUCUGAGCACCCCUCCUGACAAGCCCUUUUUAAAAAUAAAAGAAGCCCUUUUCAUUUGUCUAAACUCCAGUAAGUUUAGGCCAACCUUUAUACUUGGAGAUGAUGGUGUAGUGGUAAUGUGACUGGACAAGUAGAGGCACAGGCUGUCUAGGCAUGUGGGAUCUAGUAGAAUUUAAAUCCAAUUAAUAAAUCUGGAAUUGAAAGCUGGUCUUAGUAAUGGUGACCAUAACAGUUAUCAUUUAUUGUUGUGAAAAAUUAAUUAGGUUCACUAAUGUCCUUUUGGUAAAGAAAUCUGUCCUUACCUAGUCUGGAUCUGCAUGUGAUGCCUGACCCACAGCAAUAUUGUUGAUUCUUAACUGCCUCUGAAAUGGACCUAGCAAACCACUCGGUUCAAAGGCAGCUAGAUAUGGGAACAAAUACUGCCCUCGUCGGCAAUGCUGACAUUCCAUGAAAAAUGAAAGAAAAUAAACUUCUUCAUCUUAGGAUUUUAUGAAGUGAACCUUCUCUGAACUGCCUUCAUUGCAUGUUUAUCCUUAAACAGGAAACCAAAACAAUACACAAUAUUCCAAGUGUGAUCUAACCAAUGCCCUGUGCAAUUGUACCAAGAUUUCCUGACUUUUAUCCUCCAUUUCCCUUGCAAAUAAAGGCCAGCAUUUCAUUUACCUUGUUACUUCCCUUACCUGCCUGCUAACCUCCACUGUUUCAUGCACAAAGACAUCCAAAUCCCUCUGUACUGAAGAAUUUGAAUCGUGACAAAUUGGACAAGGGUCGAGAGUGUGUUACUGGAAAAGCACAGCAGGGCCGACAGCAUCCAAGGAGCAGGUGAAUCGACGUUUCAGGCAAAAGUCCUUCAUCAGGAAUGGAGGGCUGACAAAUUGGACAAGCUAAUUUUCACAUUCCAUCUGUCAAAGUUUGCCAUCACACUUAACCUAUUCUAUGUUCCUUUGUAGACUAUUCACAAUUUGCUUUACUAUCUAUGUUUGUAGCAUCAGCAAACUUGGUUACAAAUCAUUGAUAUUGAUUGUAAACAUUAGGCUCUAGUACUAGUACAUGCAGCAGCACACUACUUUGCUAGUCUCUUAAUGAUUUUAUCCCAAUUCUCUGUUUCCUGUUAAUUACCCAAUCCUCCAUCCAAGCUAAUACAUCCAUCCAAUUUCUUGUGCAGUAGCCUUUUUUAGGUUAGAUUUAUGUGGCACUUUAUUGAAUGUCUUUUGAAAAUGAAAAUGCACUACAUCUACUGGUCCCACUUUAUCUACCUGUUGUAUACUGAAAGAAUUUUAAUAAAUUUGUCAAACAUGAUUGUCAA